UUGUCCUCCCCGAAGAAACGCUAGCACAAAGAGUAGAGUAAACUGGCCAACAACGAUAUCAAGGAGGAGGAGAAGCUGCUGCGUGGUUGGUUCGGGGACUGUAUCACUAACACUAGGAUUGCAUUGAACGGUUGUUGAGCAUGGCAGACCCGCAACCGCCUUCGGCGGAUGCUGCUCCAGCUGCUGCUGCCACCGCUGACUUGGAAUCAAAGGAGAUCUGGGGGGACGAGGCUGACCAGCUUGAUGAGGAAAUCAUGAAGAUGGGGUCGGAGGAGCUGCGACAACGUAUGCGGCUGCUGGAUAACGAGAUUCGCAUCAUGCGGAGCGACCAAGACCGCAUCCGGCAUGAGAGCGCAACUCAGAAGGACAAGAUCAAAGAGAACAAAGAGAAGAUCAAGCUCAACAAGCAGCUGCCGUGGCUUGUGGGGAACGUAGUCGAGAUCUUGGACCCGGAGGAUGACCCCGAGGAGGAGGAGGAGGACGGGGGGGCGCAGGAUAUCGACGCAACGCGGUCGGCCAAGAGCGCGGUGAUGAAAACGUCCACGCGACAGACGAUCUACCUCCCGGUGCCCGGACUGGUCCCGACGGAGGAGCUCACGCCGGGAGACCUGGUGGGAACCAACAAGGACAGCUACCUUAUCCUUGAGAAGCUCCCGGCCGAGUACGACAACCGCGUGAAGGCCAUGGAGGUGGACGAGAAGCCCACUGAGGAGUAUAGCGACAUUGGCGGGUUGGACAAGGAGAUCCAGGAGCUGAUCGAAGCGGUUGUGCUGCCCAUGACCCACAAGCACAUGUUCGACAACAUCGGCAUCCGCCCCCCGAAGGGCAUCCUGCUCCACGGACCCCCGGGGACGGGAAAGACGCUCCUCGCGAGAGCCUGCGCCAAGCAGACCGAUGCCAUCUUCCUCAAGCUGGCGGGUCCGCAACUUGUGCAGAUGUUCAUCGGAGAUGGCGCAAAGCUUGUGCGCGAUGCGUUCGAGCUGGCGAAGGAAAAGUGCAAGGACCAGCAAAAGGGCGGCGCGAUCAUCUUUAUCGACGAGUUGGACGCGAUCGGCACCAAGAGGUUCGGAGGGGAGCAGUCAGGGGACAGGGAGGUUCAGCGGACCAUGCUUGAACUGCUCAACCAGCUCGACGGCUUCAGCAGCAAUGACAAGAUCAAGGUGAUCGCGGCAACCAACAGGCCUGAUGUUUUGGAUCCCGCGCUGCUGCGAUCGGGACGGCUGGAUCGCAAGAUCGAGUUGCCUCACCCUUCCGAGGAGGCCAGGGGGCGCAUCCUUCAGAUUCACAGCCGGAAGAUGAACGUAGACAAGAGCGAUGUUAACUUCGAAGAACUGGCGAGGUCUUGCGACGACUUCAACGGGGCGCAGUUGAAGGCGGUGUGCGUGGAGGCGGGCAUGCUCGCCCUCAGACGGGAAGCGGAACAGAUCAAGCACGAAGACUUGAUGGAGGGUAUCAACGUCGUGUCCGCCAAGAAGAAGGGAUCGCUAGACUACUACGCAUGACGCGGAGGCUACGCUCUUGCUGUCGUUACCGCUAUGCACACGUCGAGAGAAGAGUCAAGGGGUGGCUGCAUUCGCCACUGCUACCCGGAGAGGGCGUGUCGGGGACGGACGUUUCCCAAUCAGCAAUAUCCAGGGACAAAAAUAUGUGCGAGAUCUUCAAAUUUAGUUUGGUUCUUGAGUUUAAGAACGCUGGUGCGGCGGUGCUCUUGAAGGAGAAAGGGCUUCGAGAAGACCGGGGUGCUGCGCGUGCGCAACGGUGGAUGUUGCGCGUGGCUGGACUCAAGCCGUAGAAGAGCGUUGCUGGCAAAUCAGCUGUAAAAAAUAUUGGUGUGGUGCUCUCGUUGCAAGC